CUUUGGACGCUUGAAGUGUGAUCGUGAAUUUUGAUUGUAUAGCGUAUUUUGUAUCUUUAAAAGUGAUUAUGACAGUACAAUUAAAUUUUAAGUGCUAACCUAUUUGUGACAAACCUCAUUGUAACUAGUUAGGUAAGAUUUAUCCCGCUGUAAUCCAAAAUACUGGAUCUUCAGCAUCACAUCCUCAUGAAAAAUUGACAUUUAUGAACUGCUGCCACAAACUUUUAGCAUCAUAAAAGUGAACAUUUUCUUAAUCUCACUUGCUUGUAAGGGGUUUCCUGCCUGUUGUGGUAGGAGAGAACAAAGCUGACACAUUUCAGCGAAGUUCUACAGUGGUGUGAAUGGUGAACGUGAUCUGCAACCGCAUUUAGGACGCCUUAUGUGGAACGCAAUGCACGAGCGAAGACGGACUCACUACAUGCAGUACUCGUAGAGACUACUAGGUACCGCAGGUGAGAGCAACGGAACGACCUGUCUGGCGACCCUCAAGCACCUGCACGAGCGCACGAGCCGGCACCUCCGCCUCCACAUCCAGCUGCGGUGUCCGCCUCCAGGCUCCAUCUUCCGACUCCAGCACGCCCUCACGACGACCCCUCCCGACAACGGAUGCCGUCCUCUGAAGCCACGACGAUGCAGCAGCCGCCGCAGCAGUUCUGCUUGCGCUGGAAUAAUUACCAGAGCAACCUGACCAACGUCUUCGACCAGUUGCUGCAAAGCGAGUCGUUCGUGGACGUGACGCUGGCCUGCGAGGGACACAGCGUCAAGGCGCACAAGAUGGUGUUGUCGGCUUGCAGCCCGUACUUCCAGGCGCUCUUCUUCGACAACCCCUGUCAGCACCCCAUCGUCAUCCUGAAGGACAUCAAGUGGCCCGAACUGAAAGCCGCCGUCGAAUUCAUGUACAAGGGCGAGAUCAACGUGUCGCAAGAGCAGAUAGGCCCACUGCUCAAAGUGGCAGAGUCGCUCAAGAUCCGCGGCCUGGCGGACGUGGGCAGCGGCGGCGGCGGUGGCGGCGGAGGCGGCGGCGGGGGCGGAGGCAGCUCUGGAAGCUGCGAACCGGAGGCGAACGGCGCGUCGACGCCACCGCAUCACCACCACCACCAUCACGGUGGCGGCGGAGGCGGCGACGCGCCGGGCGGCGCCGGUUCGGUAUCUCCGUCCUCGACGCCGCAGCCGCCGGCGACGCCGACGUCGCUGGCGCACGCGGCCGCCUGCAAGAAGCCGUGGGACCUGUCCGCCGAAGGCUGCCUGGCGUCCUCGCCGGGGCAGCGCGGCGCGCACACGCACCCGACGCAGGCCAAGAAGCGGCGGCGGACGUCGGCCGGCGAGCGCAGCUCCGUGUCCAGCCCCGAGGACAGCCCGUCGACGCCGGCGGUGGUGGCGGCCGCCGAGCUUCUAGACGACGUGCCACUCCCCCCGCAGGCGCAGCCGCAGCCGCAGGCGCCGGCCCAGCAGCCGCUGGCGCCGCAGCAGCCGCCCCCGCAGCCGCCGCCGCAGCAGCAGCCGCCGCCCCCCGGCCCCACGCUGGGGCCAGAGCCGGGGCUGCCGCUGCCGCCCCCGCCGCCGCCGCCGCAGGCGCAGACCGCCCCGCACCCCGAGGACCUCGAGAUCAAGCCCGGCAUCGCUGAGAUGAUACGCGAGGAGGAGCGGGUAAGUGCGGAUGAUGAUACCGAGGACUCGAAGUACGGAGCGCCGGAGGACUUCGCGAAGCUGCUGGAGUCUUCUCACGCCUGGCUCGGCGCCUCCACGUCGUCCAUUGCCGGAUGGUCACGGUCCGGUGGACAGUACUCAGCAGACAGCUACCAGUACCAGCUGCAGUCGAUGUGGCAGAAGUGCUGGAACACGAACCAGAGCCUGGUGCACAACCUGCGCUUCCGCGAGCGCGGGCCGCUCAAGUCGUGGCGACCCGAGACCAUGGCCGAGGCCAUCUUCUCCGUGCUGCGCGAGGGGCUGUCGCUGUCGCAGGCGGCGCGCAAGUACGACAUCCCCUACCCGACGUUCGUGCUCUACGCCAACCGCGUGCACAACAUGCUCGGACCUUCCACCGAUGGCGGAGCAGAUUUGCGCCCUAAAGGAAGGGGCCGCCCGCAGCGCAUACUGCUUGGAUCCUGGCCAGAGGAACACAUUCAUGGCGUCAUACGGGCUGUUGUCUUCCGUGACACGCAGCACAUCAAAGAUGACUCGCACCUUGCCUACCCUCGCCUGGCAUCUCACACACAGGCAAGAAGGAGCCCUCUGCCAACAAAUCUUGUGUCACGCUAUGUUUCGUCACCCCUUGCUGUUGGUGGCUUCUCCCAGCACAUAAAAGAGGACCCGGAUUUAACCUAUUCACACUUAGCACAAAUGCAGGAGACCCUACAAGGCUAUGGUACCGGUACAGAAAGUGGUCCAUCUUGCACAAAUGGGCCAGAAACAACUAUGUCACCCGGAGUAGCAGCGGCCGCAGCUGUGGCCGUGAUGGCACAAGGCCUGCGGCAGCAGAUGUGCUCUGUCGGAGCGACAGAUGCCACUGUCGCCGGCCUGGCAGGGAGCCUGGGGCUGUGCCUCCCUCCUCCACACACCCACUCACACCCGGCCACUUCCAACGGAGGAGCCAGUCCAGCAGUCUCUGGUUCACCUAGCCCACCUGCUGUUCCGUCUCCACUCGCUUCUGUCGGCUUGGGUGGUGGAAUGCCAUACAAGCCACCACCGAGUUUUGCUUCCCCACGUCCUGAGACCCUCUUCCAGGAGGACAUUGAAGAGAUAGUGAAGAGUCCCAAUGUUGGCAGCUCUCCACAGAAUCUUGUCAAAGAAACAAAGGAAACUACUCCAGUGCCUGUCAAGCUUGAAUCUUCAGUGGAGGCACAAGAUGAGUGAAGCUCCAUCAAAUUUUUGGACUUGUGGUACCACUGUGUAGAAGGGUAGAUCUAGUAAAACAUCUAGAUUACUGUGUGUAUUACAGUUAAAGUUUUUUAAAAGUAUAAGACCGUUUUCUAGCCAAAAAUGGUGAGGUCCAUCAAAGACUAUUGUGGUAGCUAUAGAAUAUGGUGACAAAGAAAACACAAACCUUCCAAAAAGUAUUUAUAGAAUAUUUAAUUUUCAGAGUCCUGGUUUAUGGAUUAAAGUAGAACAACAAUUUGAGUAAUAUAUCUGUAGUAGAAAUGUUAUAUAUGACAUUAGUUGCCCACCCAACAGUACUUGAUAAGCAUUUCAUAUCAUUUCACAGUAUUGUAUUGGAACAAUUUUAUGUUUUCAAGGGUGUUAAAUAAAUGAAUAAAGCUGUAUCUGUUUAAAAUAUGAAUCAUUGUUUUGUUAGCACUUGACCAGCAGUUAGAUUGGCAGUCAGCUCGCGUGAUGGGUGUAAUAUUUCCUUCUCACAAGUACAUACUGAUGCAAUAGUACAGUUAUGUAGUUACAGGUGUAAUCAUUGAAAUAAUAUAAUAUUACUUUCACAUAUAUAUCACGUAGUGCUGAAAUCCUUAAGUGUCUGUUUAGGAUAAGUAACAAUAGCUUGACAAAUGCACCCAAUCACGCGGGGAUUGCUUCUGUAAUCCCACUUUCUCCUUCAGCACAAAAAAAACUGAGAGGCUUCCAUUGUUUCCAGUACAAACGCAACACAGUGUCAGAAGAUCCCUUCACGUUUAUAGUGUACAGACCAAUCAAUGUUAUGUUCAUAUUUCUCUCGUUUAGAAAAAUACCAAAGUUAUAAUGAUUGUUAUGUGUACCAAGUGAUUAUCUCAUGAUAUUUUGUAUCAUUAUUACAUAUGAAAUCACUGUGGCCAAACAUUGCUUACAGUUACACAAUUUAUCUUGUUUUUGUUUAAUGUCAUAUACAGAACCCUAAUCAACAAAAAGAAUUAUUUAUUAAUUAUUCAUGUAACAUUAGUUUAUAUAUUUUUAAUCAGAGUAAGUGUAGAUAGAGAACUGAAUAAAGUGUUUUGCCAACAUAUAUUACAGGGAAAUGAAAAUUGCGGUUGUUGUUGGAGGUUUAUUAUCAAGAAUCUAUUACAAAAUGUUCUCACAAAGUGAGCUAACAAGAUCUUAAUUAUGACUUCAAGAAAGGAUUGAUAUAUAAAUAUAUAUAGCAUAUAGACCUGUUUAUAUUUUGUGAAUAUAGGAAGAGUGACAGUGAUAAAAGAGUGUAUAUUAUCACCGCAACAAGUGUCGGUGUCUGUUUAGUGUUUGUAUCCUCAAUGUGUGUAUGUUGUGUGUGGGACAUCCCCACUUAAUCUGAACAAUCUGCAUUGUGCGUCAUGUUAUUAUUGUCUUAAUUUUGUCCUUCCUUGUAAAUGCCAGUAUAGCCUAGUCAGGUGUAGAUUAAAAUGUAUCACAAACACACAAACAAACAAAAAAAUACCAAUACAUACUUAUUUUUGUGAUUUGUUUGUUUAUUGAAGAAAGAUAUGUACAAAAUUUAUAUUGGUAGUAAAAGUAGAAAAUUAUUUGGAAAUGCCUUCCUGCCAUUGGGGUAUGCCAAGAUUGAAAUAAUAAAAUUGUUGACACAACCACACAAAAACAAAGUGAUAAUUGAGAAAUUACAAAGAAGUGGCCUUGAAAUUCAUUUUGCUUAUAAAAUCAGUUUAAGGAAUUAAGAAAAUAGCUGUGAAAAGAAAGACACAAUGCAGUGAAUUUGUAGGCAACCAUAUUCUUGAUAAAUGAAUUUUUGCAAACAUAUUUGUAUUACUAGUGGACAUAAGCAAUUUUCAUAGCAUUCAUCAAAUCGUGCCUAGCUCAUAACAGUGAAUGUUCUCGGGAAUAGGUUGUACUGCAAAGUUCACAAUAACAUCAUGUAAGUAGCAAAGAAUGUCCAUUGUUGUUAAUACUCUUGGCUUAAAUGUGUUCAAAAAGUAGUGAAGUGCCUUCCAGUUUUCUGACUAUUUGAUUAUGUGAUGUACCAUCAACACAUUUUAGUAAAUUUUUAGUAAACUGUCAGGAAUGCCAAAAUUAAAUGGCUUUGUUUCAGUAACAGGUAUCACCCUAAAUGGCAUGUUUAGUUAAUAUCUGUAACCUUCAGUUUUAUUUGGGUUAAGGGAUAUACGGCACUGAACUGUUAAACAUAUGACACACAUAGAGCUAAAUAGUAGAGUAGAUACCAUGAUGCAAUAAGUAAUAUCAUGUACAGUAUAUCAAUUAGCAUUAUGUAGUCAGACACAGAACCAGGACGUGACACACUAAAGCUCUCUGGCUUGGAUCCACUUAUUGACAGUAAGCUUCAUGCACACAGGUCUGAUGCAACAGUUUCUUAAGUAAUGCUGUUUGUAUAGCAGAAUUAACUUCCAUGAUUAGCUGUGACUGUAUCAUUGUUAAUUUAGUGUGUGGUGGCAUUAAUCUGCUCCUGAGCCAGUUCAAAAAUCACUGUGAUUCCAAAUAUGUCACUGUGUGUUGUGUACGGCGAGCAAAUAUUUUAUUUUCAUUUAAUGGACAAUGUAAUUGUUAUAAAUGGGUUAUGAAAACAUCAUUACAACAUAAAUCAACAAUUUUCAAAUAUUUCUUCUGUGUACUUGAAAAAAGUAACAGAUGUUUUUGAUGUUAUAUCACGCCAUACUUUACUGUUUUUAAUGUUGCUGAAAAUUAUAAAGAUAUUGAUGUGGUAGUGAUAAAAACUUACUUUUCUGUUAGUUACAUUUCAGUAUGAGUUUCACUUCAUAUUGCUUUUUUGUUGAUCAUUGGCAAGUUUAAUGUGUGGGAGUAACAUGUUGUUAAGUUAAUUAUUUUCAGUUUUUUUCAUUCAAUGUAAGCUAAACCAUAUAGACACACAUAAUCUUGGCUCCACAGUUGUAUUUUCUACUGCUCUUUGUAUGUGAAAUGUAAUGUAGUAUACUGUAUCAACAUACAUUUGUACUAAAUAGACAUUGAUGUAUUCUGAUGUCCUUUUUGGUUUAAUAUUUUGUUUUCAUGGUUUAUUGAGUGCCAAAGAUAAUUUUCUUAACAACUUUAUUUAGGCGUGUGUGUUUGACUUACAUUUAUGUAUGUACAAGAAUGAAUUUGCUUAUCUUUCCUUAGAGAAAAUUAUGGUAAUGCAUUCCUUUGCUGAGUAAGCAUGAAGAUAUGUGAUCACUGGAGUACAUAAUUUUAUGCUGUUCUCUUUUCUAGUUUCACGUUCCCACAGAUGGACAAACAAAUGUAAGACUUUAAUUCCUUGCACAUAACAAAAUGCUGCAUAUAAUGGAUGAUCCUAUCUUAUUUAGACACAUUAUGUUGGCAAAACUGGAGUCAGAUUUCUUAACAUCUAAAUGUGGAACUUACGGACAGUGAAUAGUAACAAUUGUUCUGCGUUUAGAGAGUAUAAUGUGCAGUUUUCCCAGCAUGUCAACUUAUUUAUAAGAUAUUUACAUAUUACCUCCCUUUCCCAAGUCUCACCCAGAUCAAUCACAGUCUAGAUAUAACAUAUGUGCUCCUUUAAGUUUGCUAAUGUCACAGUGUACUGGUGUAUUCAA